AUGAAGUACAACACAACACAAAUAAACGUUACUGCGUCAGAGGCCUCGGAAACCUCAGAGCCGGCGGCUGGGGGACGGUGCUCGCCCCAGGUGUCGUCAUCACUCUCAUGCACCACCAAAGGUGCAGAAGUGCCAAAGCGGGCUUCUGCCGCCAACCACCGUGUUGGAAAUACAACUGCUAACCAAGAACGUAGUACGAUAUCGAUCGACGCGAUAUCGUGCUACGAGCGUUUGUACGACUUGGCGGUACGGAGGAUCGUAGACGCCGAAAAAGUCAUUGAGUAUUUAAUGUUCAUGAUUUUCAAACUCAAAUUGGGACAGGUAAUAUUAUCGUUAUUCGUUGUAUCUCAGAGACAGUAAGACCAUGAUUUUGUAAUCAAAUAAUAAAAAUUGAUUAUAAUUUUCUAGGCUAUGUACGAGUACACGUUAAAACAUCUGUUAACUAAUUUAAGUACGAAUGUAAAGGACGAAAAGGAUAUGACCAUUGCGGGCCAACUUUUCGUAUCACUUCUAAAAAGCGGCCUCGUCUUGUAAAUGAUUUUUUAUAAAUUAUUAAUUUAUUUUAUUUCAUAAAAAACUAAAUCAAAUAUAUUUUUGCGUUUUUUUUAGAAACGAUCAAGACUAUUGGGAACCCGCUAUGAAAGAGAUUUUAAAUAUUUUAAAAAACAAUAAUUCUAAAUCAACAUUGUAUAUUUUAAUUUUAAAUUUUAUUGAAGGAUUGAAACGUGACAUUGGGGAACGUAUGCAAUACAGAAGUUUAAAUGAAGUAUGAUAAAAAAAUUAAUACCUAUGUUACUAAUGUUUAUCUACCAAUAUAAUAUUAUUAAAUGUGUGUUUUCAGGCGUUUAGAAUAAUCGAAAAGACCAUAAAUGAGAGAAUUCGUAAAGAAAAGGUGUGUACCAAAUUUCUUUAUGGAUAAUUAUUUUACCUAAAUUGUCUUUAAAUAUCACGCUAUUAUUGUUUGUUCGGUCGAUACCUAUAUUAUUUUAUUAUAUUUGUAUUUUCAGGAGUUAAUCGAAGAGAAAGCUAUGCUUAAAAUACGCGAGGAAAAGGUGUGUUAUAAAUUUCUAUAUAUUUAAUUAUAUUUUUAAUUAAUGCACCUAAACUAUCCUGAAAAAUCACACUAUUAUUGUUUUGUUGUUUUUUCGUAAUCAUUUUCUUAAAUUCAAUAAUAUUAUUAUUGUGUGUGGAAAAAUUAUUGAAAACUUAUGAUUGCCGAAAAAAACCAUUUUCGAAUGGCUUCCGGGAAAAAAAUCGAUAUUUAUCGUUUGGGAUAGCCAGUGUAUUAUAUAAAUAAUAAAAUAAUUAAUUGUUUAAAAUCGUUGUAUUUUGUUUCAGCAAUCCGCUCCACCUUUAACCGUCAAUACAAUUAAAAACUAUUUGAAAACCAACGGUAUGUAAAAUUACAUAUCUAAUUGUUUUUCAUGGAAAAAUGUGUAGUUUUACAAUAGCAUACUGUAAUGUGUACUUAACGUGUAGUUACUUAUAAUACGAAGUUAUUGUACAAUGAAUCAUAUCGUAGUUUUAGAGUUGUUCGUGUGGAUUUUUGUUUCUUUUUUUCAUCUAUUUUUACACAAUAUUCUCGUAAUAUAACAGUAAGUAUGUAAUCAAGACAUCGCAUUUUUCCUUUACGCCUUUAAAAUAUAAAUAAAUCACCAUUAGGUUAAUAAAAAUCAAUUUCUAAUAAGUGUUUAUUAUUCCAGUGAAGAGAACGGCGUACAACAGGAAAGAGGCGGAAGAUUACGCUAUUCGCGUAAAGUCAUUUUGCUGUGACCAAACCGAGGUAAUACAGAAAUGUGAUAUUAUAUCUUGAUGAAAUAUAACCUUCUUUGAUAAUUAUUGUAUUCGUUUACGUUUUAAUCUCGCGUUGACAAUUAUUUUGCAAAAUCGCGCGGAUUUUCACGAAAUUGCGACAGACCGUGUUUAACGACAAUCGUUUUUUUUUUCACGAUAAGACCACCGCCCACGAACUCGAUCGCGUUAAGAAGUACUGGCUGAUGAGAAAAUUGCUAUUCCAACGUUUCGACUGUGGCAUACUUUUGGAUCACGGUAUAUAUAUACCUAUAAUUCACUCGCGUUCUCUAUAAUAUAAUCGUUAUCGUGUUUCGUCUCCGUUCGUUUUACUUGAUUUAAUAUUUGUUUUACGUUUAUCGUUGCACAGAGAGUUUUUACUCUGUAUGCCCAGAGGUGUUGGGGAAGCAUAUCGCGAACCGAUGCAGGUUCCCGGACGGUGUUGCAGUGGACCCGUUCUGCGGGGCCGGCGGCAACGUCAUUCAGCUGGCCGCUACUUGUCGGAAGGGUAUGUAAUUAUUAAUUUAUAAUAUUAACCGUAUGACUGUAUGAUUUAAUAUGUAUUUUUUUCGUUUCUCCGCGCAGUCAUAGCAAUGGAUAUUGAUCCGAUAAAACUGAAAUUGGCCAGGCACAAUGCCGAUAUAUAUCGGUGCCAAGACCGGAUAGAGUUCCGAGAAAACGACUAUUUCGGCGGGACGACGGUUCAAACGGGGGAUGUAGUGGUCACGUCGCCCCCGUGGGGAGGCCCUGAAUACCUAGGUCGGGAAGUGUACAGCCUCUCGUCCAUGUGUGAAGAGAACGGGGGCGGCGAAGCCAUUGUGCGUAUAGCGAAAACAAUGGCACCGAAGNUUUAUCAUUGUAUUAUUUUAGUUUGUAAGUGAAACCAUUUUAAAUGUUAUAUAGAAAUAUUUUAAACUUAUAUUAGUUUUUUAUCAUUUAUAAUAGUUUAGUUUAGUUAGAUAUUAGUUAUUAGUUUUUUAUUAUUAGUUAAGUUAGUUUUAACAUUGUAUUAUUUUAGUUUGUAAGUGAAACCAUUUUAAAUGUUUUAUAGAGAUAUUUUUAACUUAUUGAAUCGAAUAUUUUAAAUGUAUAUUAGUUUAUAUUAGUUUUUUUUAGUUAUACUAGUUUAGUUUAGUUAGAUUAGUUAUUAGUUUUUUAUUAUUAGUAACAUUAGAUUUAACAUUGUAUUUUUUUAGUUUGUAAGUGAAUCCUUUUUAAAUGUUUUAUAGAAAUAUUUUUAACCAUUCGAACCGAUUAUUUUUAAUGUAUAUUAGUUUAUAUUAGGUUUUUAUUAUUAGUUAUAUUAGAUUUAACAUUGUAUUAUUUUAGUUUGUAAGUGAAACCAUUUUGAAAUGUUUUAAAGAAAUAUUUUUAACCAUUCGAAUCGAAUAUUUUAAAUGUAUAUUAAUUUAUUAUUAGUUAUACUAGUUUAGUUUAGUAUUAGUUUAUUAAUUAGAUUAGUUUUUAUUUUUUUCAUUAUUAGUUAUAUAAGUUUUUAACAUUGUAUUCUUUUAAUUUCUAUAAGACGAGAAUUUUUGUAUAUUUGCCUGUAUAUAUUUAUUUUUUAGACACGUAUUUUUUAAAUGUAUAUAAACACUAGAAACUUGUAAAAAUAUAUACUUGGCCGUAUUGCAUUAUACGAUUUUACAAUACCAACAUCUUGAUGUAUAUUUGUUUUGAUUAUGAAUGCUAUUACAUAGUAAAUCAUAACGAAAUGUCAUACUUGGUUAGUUUUCAUUACGAUUUAAAAUAAACGCAUUUAUUGUACAAAUGCAUUUUUAACUUUUUUUAUUUACUCUAUGGAUAGCAGUUUAAUGUUUGUUUAUAAUAAACCGAUAGGCUAAAAUAUGUUUUUUCGGGUAUUUAAUAUCCCUGAAUCUGUAUUUAUACCGAAGCUUAUAUUAUGGUUAUUUUCUGAAACAUGUUUAACAAAAUUUGAAUUAGGGCAGUAUUUUUUUAAUUUUAUUUCAGAAAUGUGUUCUUUAUAUCUUAUUUUAAAAUUUCUAUUUGUCUUACCUAUAUAAAAUUUAUUACUGUUAACUAUAAACUGUACAUUUAAAAUAUUAUUACAAUUAUUUUUCUUUAUUUAAAGUAAAUUAUUUCUAUGUAAAACGAUCAAUUUGAAUAUUUUGUUCUAUGUAAUUCCAUCAUUAAAUUUUUUAUAUUCAGUAGCGUUUUACAUUUUGACCGUGAUAUACCUGAUAAUGAAUUUUUAAUUCGAAACAGGCCGUAUAAUAAUUGUAUCAGUUAUUAAAAUACUCCAGGCGACGCAUUCAUUAAUUUAUUUUUAUUUCUAUACAUACAUUUUUUUUUUUUUUAUAUAUAUAUUUAUGUACGAGUAUUAACUAUUUUAAUAAUUUUGUUUUCACUUUAUUAUUUUAUAUUUAUUAUAUACAACAGUUCCGUAUCAUUAUAAAGUAUAUAUGUGUAAAAAAAUAAAACAAGCUGAUACUAGAAGGACGGGAUAUGUUGAGGAAAAACGUUUUUGA